AUGUCUGCACUGUUCAAUUUCAGCUCAUUACUACAAGUUAUAUUACUUCUUAUAUGCUCAUGCACGUAUGUGCACACGCAAUGGCCCUCGCUAUUAGAUAGAUACAAGGAACACGAAGCGCUCGGUGCAUUUUGGAAGAUGGCGAGGUUAGGCGAGAGAGCCAGUCCAUAUGUCAGUCUAGCAUGCAUUCUAAUGGCACUUAAUCAGUUCAUGAGUUGA